UUUUUGAAACAUUUUAAAUUUAUUGAAUCUCCAAGAUUAGUUUUAGAACAAUCACAUAAUGGCCUCUGCAAUGGAACAGCAACAGCAAACCACUUUAGAAUUUUAUCAAGCAAUGGCUGAUUUCAAAAACAUGUUUCCUCAAAUGGAUGAUGAUGUGAUUGAGGCUGUAUUAAGAUCUAAUCAAGGAGCUGUAGAUACAACAAUUGAUCAGUUACUUACUAUGAGCACAGAUAAUGAAAAUGAAAAAAUUAGAAGUGAAUUAGAGCAAAAUGAAAAGUCACCUAGUACCUCUAAGUCACCAAAAGCAGAUUCAACUAUAUCUUUAAAAACUAUACGUAAAUGGCAACCUGCUUUAUUAGGACCAUUACCAGAUACAUUCCUUAGACUUCCUCAACAAAUUCCUGAAGACAGUUUGGAUUCAUCAUAUUUACAGGAAAAUUCAAUGUUAGAAGAUGAAAGAAUUGCUAUGUUUCUUCAAAAUGAAGAAUUUAUGGCUGAAUUACGUUGGAAUGAAGAUUUUUUGUCAACUUUAGAAAAUGAUACAAAAAUUCAAGGAACAAAUCUUGAAAAAUGUAGUGGACAAAUUGAUCACGAUGAUGAAGAUCUUUUUAAAGAAAGAUUGAAAAAUAUGGGCAAAAUGUCUCGACGUAAGUUUGCACAACUUACCAAAGUGUUUACACGUAGUAAAAAACGUGGAGGUAGACAAUUAUUACCCCCAACUGCUUCUUGUGACGAUUUAUUAGAUCCAGAAGAAUCAUCUAGAUUUCAGUCUUAG